UCAAAUUUUCAAGGUCACUGUUCAAUUUUAAUUAAAUUGUGCUUUGGGAUUUCUUGGUAUAAACAAAUUAAAUUUCCGAAUUAAAAAAAAAUUAAAAAUUAAAUGAAAUGUUGGAAAUUCGUUAAAUAUCUUCUAUACGAACUUCCUUAUUACUGCUCAAUCAAGACAACAUGGAGUCGGACAGGAUAUUAGUAGCAGCAGGCCUAACGGCGGCGGCCGUGGUGGGCGCGUUUGUAUUUUGGGGCCCCUCGACCGGUUCGGGCUCCAGACGGGGCCGCUUAGCGGGCCUAGUAAAUUUGGGGCGAACCUGCUUCUUAAAUGCCAUCUUACACGCUUUAGCCGCUUGUCCCCACUUCGUGCAAUGGCUAGAAAAAGAUGCCGCUAGGGAAACUAGCUUAAGAAGUACAUUAGCGACAGUUUUAUCCGUUGUAAACGGUACUAAUAAAUCAGUCCAAGACAGUUUUGCCCCCGCAGCUGUGAUAAAUGCCUUAAAAAGGUUAGGCUGGGUUAUUCCGGCUGGUGAGCAAGAUGCUCAUGAGCUUUUAAAUGUUAUCUUGACUACUUUGGACGAGGAGAUGCAUAAGAUGUCCAGAAAAGCUGGGUGCCUCUCUGACGCUUUAGGUAUCAACGAAAUCGAUGAUGUCGAUGAUAACGAGUCUGAAUAUAGUUCUAUGGGGAGUGUGAUGUCUUUGAAUGAGCUCUGCAGGUCCACUGGAGCCUUAAGCUUUAGGGGGUCGGGGAUCAGGAGGAACAGGUGGAUUUCUAGGUCCUGUAGGGCUUUGCAGAUGUCUGGACCGCCGGCACAGCCUGUGGGUCAUCCAUUUGCUGGAACUUUAACUAGUCAGUUGAGGUGUACAGAAUGUGGCUAUAAGUCCUCGGUGCGCUACGAUAAAUUUGAGAGCCUCUCGCUCCCUUUACCGAGCGGAGCGGGCGAUUUAGGUUGGGGACGGCACAAACUGCACCAACUUCUCACGAACUUUGUGACCCCCGAGGUGGUGCAGGACGUGCAAUGCGAAGGAUGCAACCGGGACAGGGAUCCCGCUUUGACUCCAAUACUGUCCAGACAAAUCAAGAUCCUAAAUUUCGGAAAGUUACCGGUCUGCCUGUGCAUACAUAUAUCGCGCAACACUUGGUCAGCCGACGGUAUCUCGAAACGUCAAGACUAUAUACAGUUUCCUAUGAGGUUGUCCAUGUCGGCUUAUACGUUUAUCCAGGCGCAUUACCAGAGAAAGGUUCCAGGGGCUUAUACGAGUACGAGUGAGGGUGGUAGUCCCCUUUCUAGCAGCACCCCCUUGUCUUGGACAGGAGCGACUUUGACCGAGAUGUCCAAUGAAUUGAGAAACGUGUAUCAGUUGGCAGCGGUCGUUGUACACACCGGAGACGCCUACUCCGGACAUUUUGUUACUUAUAGGAGAGGACAUCAUAAUAAUCGGUGGUUUUACACCUCCGACGUCGAAAUCAAAGAAGUCUCCGUGGACGAAGUCCUACAAAGCACCGCCUAUUUGCUUUUUUAUGAAAAAUCUACUGCUAUGAGCCUCUUUUAGGAGACCCCUUUCUAUGAUGUCAUUCAUCGAAUUAUCGUUUCUUUUCUCAAAAGGGCCUCAUGGAAUCGGGGUAGCUAGUAGAUUGUUUAGGGCAUUCCACAGUUGAAACAAACACGCAGAUUAUAGUAGACUUUUAACAAAUUUUAUGUUAUUGAAUGGGAGCACUUUUUGAAUAUACUCACUUUAUUUUCUCGAAAAUAAUUAUAUAAGUGACAUUUCAUGAUUAUAUGAGCUGUUCUAACCUUAGGACAUUAACACGUUGGUUGCCGUGAGUAUCCAUAGCAUAGUUUUAAAGAUUUGCGCCAUAAGACACCAUUAGUGUGUUUCAAGCAAUCGGGUGCACAUAUUUUCAGAGCGUAUUAUACGAAUAAAUAUAAGGCUUUUUUUCCCUGUUUUUUAGGGGCUCUUUUCAGUUUCUGUCCCCGAAGUGGUGUGCAUACAGCAUUUUACAUGAAUUACUCAGUCCUAAUCCUAAAAAAAACAAUCAAUAAGCCUAAAGCUAGACAUAAUUAUGAAGUCUUUUAAACGUUCCAGUUUAGUAAUUUAAAAAGGAAAAUUGCCAUUGCAUCUUCUCUUCGCUUUUUCAAUUAAUAAUUAAGGUGAAUCCUACUAACUGUAUUCUUGUUUAUUGGAGCGUUAGCGACUAUACAGGGUGUAAAUAAAUAGAUGUGAAAAAACUCGGGGGCUGAUUCUUGGGUUAAUUUUAAGAAACAAACUUUUUAUGAACGUAUGUUCUAAAAGGCGUAACUUUUGAGAUCCCAACCCAACCCCUGUAGAUUUUUUAAUAAAAUUUUGUAUGAAUUUUCUUUUCAAGUUUUUUCUUUAAAAUUUACCCAAGAAUCAGCCCCUGAAGUUUUACGCAUGUAUUUAUUUACACCCUGUAUAUGUGCGCGACCUAGAGCUGAAAACAUCGUGUUUUUAGGCAAAUUAAAAUUCGUUUGUGAAACGAUGAAAUUUGGCAUGUGGCCUCUCAAUACACUGAGCACUACUAAUACUACUGUUCAAAAAUGCGAAUUUUCGACUUUAAUGCGAUACCGAGUAGUACUCUCGGUAUCGCAUUAAAGUCGAAAAUUCGCAUUUUUGAACUCAAAUAAAUUGACAUUUUUAGGACUUAAUGCCUAUAGAGAGAACUAGGUCUUUAUACUUUUUGGGACAUCCGUAUAGAUGAGUAAUUAUAAGCGAUCAAAAUUGAGUAAAAAAUAAUUCAAACUGGUCCAGAGGCUAAAAGAUCAUAUUAUAAUCAUGUAAAAUCAUAAUUCGAGGGCUUCAUAACAUAGGGGCGUAUUAAGAGGAUUAUUCACCCAUAAAUUUCUGUUUCCUGGAUAACUUUUUUAUUUUACAAUAUUUUUUAAUGCGGUUUUCACUAAUGAAAUGUACAUAUUUGUGUCAAGAGUUGAUAGGUGCCAGUUUUUCAAAUUUCUAAAAUUUUGAUUUUUUAUUUAAAAACCAAAAAGAUAAAUAAAAAAACCUUUCCAUACGUCUCUAGAUACAUCGAUUUUAGAAACAUUAUAUUAAAAAACCAUUUCAAAAAAAAUAAUAAUAAACCCUUGAGAAUGGAAAUACAAAAUUCAGGCAUUUUUCUUAUAAUUUCUUGAACCGCUGAUAAGUUUAGUAUCAUAUGACAACAACGCACGGCCGGGCUACGGUGAAUCAAAUCAAGAAACGCGCGACGCUUGUUGCACAAAAAAAAAGUGUAAUCUAAUGUAACGAGUUCAAAACUGAGACACAUUUUUUUUAAAAUUAAUUGAACUUGGGGUUUAUUUUAUGGCCCUUUGAUGAAGCUCACGCGAAUGUCAUAAUUUAUUUUUUGUAUUCUGAUUGCUAAGAACUGUUUAAGAAGGCAUAUUUAAAGGUGAUUAACAUUAAAAGAAAUUAAUAUUUAUUUAUUUUUUUAUUUCUCUUUGACGAGAGCUGUAUAUACAGGGUGGGUAAACGUAAACGAAACGGCUAUGUCGGGCUCGUAAAGAUUUUAAAAAGAAAACGCUCGGACCCGUCAAUUUAGAUUACCACGAGGAAACAUUUUCAGAGUAUAAUACCACCCCUAUCUGUCAUCCCUUAGCCAGGGUGGAACUAACCUCAAAGAUUUUAAAUGGAAUAGUGGCUCGAGUUAUACCUUGUUUGAGAGGUCUUUUGAUUUUCUUUACGGCUACACCUAAUUUAAAGGAUUUUACUUCAGCGGUUCUCAAACUAUUGACUAUUUUAACAUUUAAUAUAGUUUUUUGGAAAACCUGUAUUAAAUGUUGGGUGUUUGGAAAAACUGUAUUAAAUCGCAAUUCUUUAUCGACCUAUUAAUUUAUAACAAUCAUACAUAAACACUAGUCCAACAAAUACUGAAAAUGGCCAUCGUUACAAGCCAUGCAAUAAUACAAAUUUAUAUAUACCGGGUGGUGCGUCGCCGAGCGGAACAUAGGAAAACCCAUGUAAAUUUUAAGGGGGUCAAUUAUUGUCUUCCCUGUACAUUAUAUAGAAAAAAUUUAAAAUAACUUUUUGAAGAGACCAAUCUGGCAAAGCCUUGUGCAAAGUUUCAAAAAAUGUUAAUAAGCUAAUCUUGAAUUAUUCAAUGUAAUGUAAUUGCAAAAUUAGCAAAUUUUAAGUUCAGGUAAAACCAUACGGGCACCAGUAAAGUGAAUAUUGUCACUGACGUGAGGAAAAGUGUCGAUAAAUCAGUGACAGUCGAUAUUUGAAAACAAGUAUGAAUUAUUCAAUCGACGAAAAAAUAUCCAUAAUUAAGUGGCAUUAUGCUGGAAACAGUUUUAGAGCAGUAUCUAAAAAGUUUUCAGUUUAUUUCCCCACCAAGCCCAUUCCGUCCAUUUCAACUAUUAAACGUGUUGUCAAUGAGUCCAAAGGUACCGUAAUAAAUAAUUGUAAAUGUUCAACUCAGGAUAUCGAAAAUAGAGCCGAAGAAAGAGAGAACAGAGAUCUUAAUAUUCUACUGAGUGUGGAGGAAAGCAAGAUGGUUAGUACGAGGGUUCUUGGGCAAGAGUUAAAUAAACAACAUACAACGGUAUUGCGCACAAAAAAAAUACAAAUAUUAUUCGUAUAAAUUCGAAAAACAUCAAGAGUUGCAGGAAGGAGAUGAAGAGCGAAGAAUGGCAUUUUGUUUUGAAAUGAUGGAAAGAGCAAAUAAUGAUAGGAAUUUUUUUAAAAAUAUUUGUUUUACCGAUGAAUGUACAUUUACCCUCAACAAUGAACCAAAUGUUCAGAAUUGCCGGUAUUGGAGCCAAGAAAAUGAACAUCGCUUUGUUCAUACUCGGAAACAAUAUCCCCAAAAAACAAAUGUAUUCGUGGGAAUUAUCGGACACCAUAUCAUUGGACCCUUUUUUAUGGACUAUAACCUAACAGCUGAAACCUAUUUGAACUUAUUUCAAAAUCAAAUUGGACCCACCUUGGAAGAAGUUGUUCAGGAAGAUCAAAUGAUCUGGUACCAAAUGGAUGGUUGCCCGGCCCAUAAUACCCAUAUGGUUAGAGAGUGUUUGGAAAAUGCUUUUAACGGCAAUAUUAUUGGUCCACGGUACCGGAUACUUUGGCCAGCCAGGUCACCUGAUCUUUCACCGAAUGACUUCUUUUUGUGGGGUCAUUUAAAACGUGUCAUUUAUAAAAGUGUAAAAUUUGAGAAUCUAAACCAGUUACAAAACGCUAUUUCGUUAGAAUGUAAUAAAAUUUCCCAAUAUCCACUUAGUAACGUUAGAAAUGAAUUUUAUGAUCGGUUAGGAUAUUGUUUAGCUGUUAAUGGGGGGUUGUUUAAACAUUUGAUGUUUUUAUGUAAUUUUCUAUUAUUUUUGCACUCCCUCAAUAGGUAAUAGCUUCCGCAAUUAUUUAAAUGAGAACUAUCCUGGUCGCUGGAUUGGACUGAGAGGCUCUAUUUAAUGGGCCGUGCGGUUGCCUGACCUCUGGAUUUUUUUCUGUAGGGUCACCUAAAGAGUAAAAUCUAUGCUACCCAACCAGCUUCAAUAGAAGAAUUGCGCGAAAUGAUUACAUUUGAAUGCCAACAGAUAGCUCCUGACAUGCUACGAAAUGUGCGACGUCGAUUUGAAUCUGUAUUGUUGCAUAGAAGUUAACGGUGGCCAUUUUCAGCAUUUGUUGGACUAGUGUUUAUGUAUGAUUGUUAUUAAUUAAUUGUUUGACAAAGAGUUGCCAUUAUUUUCUAAAAAACUGCAUUAAAUGUUAAAAUAGUCAAUAGUUUGAGAACCGCUAAAGUAAAGUCCUUUAAACUAGGUAUAACCGUAAAGAGAAUCAAAAGACCUUUCAAAAGAAGCUAUAACUCGACCCACUAUUCCAUUUAUAACAAAUUUAAAGGAUAGUAAUACAUUUUUGAGGAUAGUUCCACCCUAGCUAAGGAAUGACCGAUGGGGGUGGUAUUAUACUCUGAAAAUGUUUCCUCCUGGUAAUCUAAAUUGACGUGUUUGAUUGUUGAGCUCGACAUGGCCGCCGUUUCGGUUAGCCCUGUAAUAUAUAUAUGUGUAUCCCAAAAUUUAUGUCUAAAUUCAUUUAAAAUUCAGGGGUGUGUUCGAAAACGCUCGGACCCGUCGAUUUUUAUUUCAAGUUGCGCAUUUUUGUACGUGAAGUUUGUAUAUACAGGGUUGCUCAAAACUAAAUUACGACCAUCAACUUAAUUUUUUCAAAUGAAAGCACCUUUUUUUAUUUUAUUUUUAAAUUUCGCGUGGAAUUUUACGUAUGUUUCAUGCAUCAUGUCCUAUACCUAAAGUCAACAGUUAUCGAAAAAAAAACGACCAAACAUUAUUAUUGAAGUUCACCUUACGAGUCACCUUAUCUCUGAGAUUUUUUAUACAGUGCAAAAUUCUAUUCAUUCGUGUUUUUUUAUUGCUGGCUGGGUCCCUUUUUCUUUGAACAAACUUUAACGGGACAAGUGUAUCUCGAUUUUCUCAAAUUUGAAUUAGUUCCAGCAUUACUAGCUUUAUUUCCAAAUCCAUUGAAGCCAGACUGUCCUGACAAAGAACUAAUUUUCCAGCAAGAUGGCGCUCCUCCGCACUAUGCUGCCACUGUGCGUACAUUUUUGGAUGAAACCUUUCCCAAUCGGUGGAUAGGAAGGAGAGGACCCAUCGAAUGGCCUCCUAGGUCGCCUGACCUAACAUCAAUGAACUUUUUUUUGUGGGGAUACCUCAAGUCGAAGGUAUUUUUUAAUAGGCUAAAUAAUCUAGACGACUUGAAAGAGAGAAUUCGAGAGAGAAGUGGGUGCCAUAACUCCGGAAAUGAUUGAAAAUGUGCAACGAGACUUUAUUGAUCGCCUUGUAUAUUGUCAAGCCGUGAAUGGCAAACAUUUUGAACAUUCAACUUAAUUUUUGUUCUUUUCUAUUUGUUACAAGAAUCGACUUUUUUUUUGAUAACUGUUGACUUUAGGUAUAGGACACCAUGCACGUAGAAUUCCACGCGAAAUUCACAGAUAAAAUAAAAAAAAGGUGCUUUCAUUUAAAAAAAUAAAGUUGAUGGUCGUAAUAUAUUUUUGAGCAACAAUGUAUAUACAAACUUCACGUACAAAAAUGCGCAGCUUAAAAUAAAAAUCGACGGGUUACACCCCUGAAUUUUAAAUGAAUUUAGACAUUACUUUUGGGAUGCACUGUAUAUAUAUAAUAGUGUUAGGCAUAUUUGGAAAUGAGAUAAUUUCUUUUUUCGAUCUAUAGGGUUGCUUCUACCCUUUUUUGACGGAAGUCACUCACAUGUCUCUAAUUUAUUAUUUAUAUCUUAAUUACUAAAAACUGUUUUAGGUACAUAUAUUUGAAAGUGAGACAAAAUUAUAAACAUUUUUAUAUCUCAUUCCUUCUCUCCCUAAAUUUGUGAUACUAAUACCCUCCUAUAUAAAAGCAUUUUUUAUGAAUAAAUUAAAUCCGUUAAUUUGAAUAGUGAAUAAACUGUAUUACCAGAGGCACAUGAGGAUAUUUUGAUUGAACUUAUACAAAAAUGUUAUUUUCUUUACUGAGACAAACGUCUUGAAAUACCAAAAUACGCGUGCGACUUAUUUGUUAGUAAACGCAAAAGUCCAACCGCAUGCAAACUAAAAAAUGCACGAAUCGGUUCCUCCCGAUGAACCUCUCUGGUAACAUUGACCCGUCUGCUGCGAGACGAACAGUGUUCUGCUUUGCUUUAGCGAUGCGUUGUUGCCAAAUGCUCACCUUCCCGAUAAAGCGCGUUAAAUCCAUUUCAGGCAAAGUCACGUGCUGAUGAUUGCUCUUAAGGCUUAUGUUCAUACGCCAAAUAGUUUUGUUUAUUCCUAUUAUAACAUACAGGCGAAUGAACAUACGCUUUUUUGUUAAACUGCAUAGCUGUCAGUUUGUUGUUACGCCGAAAUAUUAUAGCAUUUUUCUCGGAAAUAAUUAUUCGUGUAUAUACGCUUUUUUGUUAAAACGUGCAUUACAUCAAGAUCUAUCGUAUGCCCUAAAAAACGCGUUUUACCAAAAACGGCAGAUACCCCUCUACGUUAUGAAGCCCUCGAUAUUUUAUUUAAUAACUUUUUAGGGUGGCACUUGGAAAUUCAUACUUUCAACAUUUUUACAACUUUUUAAAACCUAUUUUUUGAUACCCUCUACAAUCAUCCACGUAGAGUUUUUUAACUUUGACGCUUAAUACUGGGCAUAACUAUGCCACUUACGAAAACCUUUUUUGCCCUUAGACACGCGGAAUUUAUCUGGCACUAAAAGUCGUUUUUUUUUUCAAUAUGACCGUUUUCCAUUAAAAUUCCAUUUUCUAUGAAACCAAAUUUAUUUUUGAGAGAGACAUUUUUUAAAAGGUUGACUAUGUGGUAUUUUUGAAAAGGUAAUUAAAAGACUUUUAAAACUCGACUCCCCUUUCCAUUUAAGAUUUUAGAGGUUAUGUCCUCCUCAAAAAUAAAAUUUACGUAAUUUGGGGAAUUUUUAAAUUUUAUACAGGAGCAAAAAUAUAGAGGUUGGUACCUUUACAAAUUGACACCCUGUAUAUAACACUAUAUAUAUUGUAAUUAUUAAUUUUUGAAGACUCGGGGGUUCUUCAAGCAUUUUAUAAAAAAGAAAUAUUAAAAUCCAUACGCUUAAAAUCAAGAUAUUGACAUUUUUCUCACAGGAAUUCCUGUAAUAAUAGCAUAAUUAAUUCAUUGUUAGCAACUGAAUAAUAUCUUGAGUGCUGGUGGUUCAUAUUUUGUAAUUAUCAGUUUCUGAAGAUUAUAAAGGCUCUUCAAGCAUUUUCUAAAUAAAAAAACAAGAUAUUGACAUUUUUCUCACAGGAAUGCCUGGCAUAAAUUGAAUAAUUUGUCCCUUAUUGGCAACUGAAUAUCUUGAGAGCUAGUAGUUGACAUGUUGUAAUUAUUUACUUCUGAAGUUUCUAAGGGCUUGUCAAGCUAUUUUGAAAAAAUUAUUAAAAUCCGUACGUACACUCAAAAUCAAGAUGUUUUCUUAAAGAAGUCUUGUCUCAUUUACUUAGUUUCGAUGAUUAGACACAAUCAAAAAUAUAAAUAUCAUUGUUUUUAAUCAUCAAAACUAAAGUCCGAUGAUAAUGAAUUACAUAUUUUGUGGAAAUAAAACAAGAUUGACUUAAUAAAAGUUAUUCAAUGAAAUAAAAUAUUUUAGCUCUUAUUAGCAAUUGAAUAUCUUCAAUGCUAGUGGUUAACAUAGCAUUUCUAAAGACUCUAGGGGCUCUUAGCAUUUUUUUAUAAAAUAUUAAAAUCCAUACACUUAAAAUUAAGAUAUUGAUUUUAAAACUUAACACUAGGGCCACUGGGCCAGUUUUUUAACAUUGUGGCAGCUAACGUGUUAAAUAGAUUCAUACCUCAUGAUGCUCUUAAGGAUGAAAUAUAAUAUGGCGAAUUUCUUAGGGAUUCUUUACAAUGAUUGCAUUUUUUUAUGUAUUUAUAUUCCACCCCUCAAACGAUGAAAAAUGUUGAUCCUCUGAAGUUAUUUAUUUUCAUCUUUUACCACGAUUUAUUUUGAUUUCUACUGACAUAAAACUAUCGUUAUGUUGUCGCCGUAGAUACGUGGACAUUGUGUAGACGAUAAAAUAUCAGUAUUUAUCAAAUUAGGGAGAUCGUUUAUAUAAUAUUUUUGUGACCAUUGUGGUCGAUUAUGUUUUUCUGUUUAAAGAAGAACGAUGUUAUUGCGUUAAAACCAUAUUUAUUAUUAAAUUUAUAUAUUAUAUGAAAUAUAAAGAAUCACUAUAUUA